CACAGGUUUGGUCUUAACUCUUAACCGAAGAGAUCUUUUCUUCCGUUAUCAUCUUCCGAAGGGCUUUCUCCGACCGAUCUCAAAAGUUGUUUCUGUUCACCUCGAAGAAUCUCUGUUCUAAAUCUUUUGACACUAACAAUGGUUGAGCGCAAGAAACGGAAACAAAAUCAAAGAAACAACAAUGAUGGCAAGAGGAAUCAAAAGAGACGAGUUUCACAUAAUAAUAAUGAAAAGAUCAAUAGAGAUGAGCUUGUGGUUUACAGAAUCUUAUGCCCUAUUGAUGUCGUUGGAGGUGUUAUAGGUAAGAGUGGUAAAGUCAUAAAUGGUAUUAGGCAUGACACAAAAGCAAAGAUCAAAGUUUUUGAUCAGUUACCUGGUUGCAGCGACAGAGUGAUCACAAUCUAUUGCUCUGUUAAAGAGAGAAAAGAUGAAGAAAUCGAAACUAUAACCGAGCCUCUUUGUUGUGCACAAGAUGCUCUUCUUAAAGUACAUGAUGCAAUUGUAGCUAGUGCUGGAGAGAACACUAAGAAUAAGUCUAAUAAUAAGAUAGAUAGAGAUGUUAAUCAGGAAUGCCGUUUUUUAGUACCCUAUAGUCAAUGUUCUAGUGUGAUUGGUAAAGCUGGUUCGAAUAUUAAGAUGAUUAGAAGUAGUACUGGAGCUAGUGUUAAGGUUGUUUCCAAAGAUGUUUCGGAUCCUUCACAUGCUUGUGCUAUGGAAUCUGACAAUAUUGUUGUGAUAUCUGGUGAGUCUGAGUCCGUGAAGAAAGCACUUUUCGCCGUUUCUGCAAUCAUGUACAAGAUCAGUGCUCGUGAAAAGAUUCCUUUAGAUUCAACCAGCCAAGAUGUUACAGCUAGUAGUAUAGUUUCAUCAGAUCUUUCUAAUUCUGUUUACUCAAAUCAGGAUCAUAUUCUUCAGCACAAGGCGAGUGUUCUGUCAUAUUUCAAUGCACUACAUGUAUCUGACUUUCAAGGUUAUGCAGUGACCGCUGCGAAUCCAAUGCCUGUUUUUGCUUCAUCUCUACCUGUUGUGACUCAUGGUUUUGGCGGGUCUUUCAGAACAGAAGAGUUGGUUUUAAAAGUGUUGUGCCCUUUGUCCAACAUUACCCGUGUAAUCGGGAAAGAAGGAUCAACCAUUGAAAGAAUAAGAGAAGCAAGUGGUUCUCGUAUUGAAGUUAAUGACUCCAGAACUAAGUGUGGUGAUGAUGAUUGUGUUAUCAUUGUCACUGCUACUGAGUCUCAUGAUGAUAUGAAGUCUAUGGCUGUUGAAGCUGUUCUUCUUUUGCAAGAGAGUGUCAAUGAUGAUGAUGCAGAAGAAGUUAAGACGCAACUUCUUGUUCCUUCUAAGGUUAUUGGAUGCGUUAUAGGGAAAAGUGGCUUGGUCAUUAACGAAAUAAGGAAAAGGAACAUUGCUAAUAUCCAUAUCUCGAAAGGGAAUAGGGAUGACCGCGUUGAGGUAUUGGGUGAAGUCAGCAGUGUGAGAGAUGCUCUCAUUCAGAUUGUUCUAAGACUUCGAGAAGAUGUUUUAGGAGAUAGAGACUGUGUUGCUGCUAGGAAACUUCCUGCAAGAUCUGAUAAUUAUAGUUUCUUCUCGGGUAGUACUAACGCGGGUUGUACACUUCCGUCGUUCAAGUCUUCAACGGCUUCUACAAGUGGUUUCCAUGGUUAUGGAAGCUUCUCGGCAGAAGAUAACGGUUUUGGGUCACUUGGUCCAUACUCAUUUGGACGAUUGCAUUCAUCUUCUGUUCUGGAGAUUCUAAUCCCGGCAAAUGCAAUGAGUAAAGUUAUGGGCAAAGGAGGAUGCAAUUUGGAAAACAUAAGAAGGAUAUCAGGAGCGUUGAUAGAAAUUUCUGUUUUGAAAACUUCACAUGGUGAUCACAUUGCUCUCCUAUCCGGCACACUUGAACAGAUGCGUAGUGCAGAGAACUUGUUCCGAGCUUUUAUUUUGUCCACUUGAAAACAUAGUUUUAGGAUCAUUUGGACCGAGAUUAAUUUUUUUGCUUUUGCUUAAUACUCAAUUAUGUUAACGUAAUCAAAUAUGUAUAUGUUUGUGUUGAGCACAUGUACAUACGGACGAAUACAAACAACAUACUUAUUAUAUAGUAUAUAAAUAUGAUUGAUUCUUUU